AGUCCUAACGCUGAAGCUAGAGUCGCUGCUCUUUUUCACAUAAGUAUAACAUGGCUUCGAAAGUUAAGAUUGGCAUCAUCGGUGGUUCCGGCCUGGACGAUAGUCAAAUCAUCGAAAACCGCACCGAACGCGUGGUCAACACACAUUUCGGCAUUCCGUCGGAUGUUCUUAUCGAGGGUAAAAUCGCUGGCGUGGAUUGCGUUCUUUUGGCACGACACGGAAGAAACCAUUCCAUUAUGCCGUCCAACGUCAACUAUAGAGCCAAUAUUUGGGCGUUGAAGACGCUUGGCUGUACGCAUGUGAUUGUGUCUACAGCAACAGGCUCUCUGAAGGAAGAAAUACACCCGGGCGAUAUCGUGGUUCCGGACAACUUUAUUGACCGUACAACGAAGCGCGUACAGACGUUUUACGAUGGUAAUGAAUUGCUAUCAGGCGUGUGCCACAUCCCGAUGGAACCGGCAUUCUGCAAUCGAACGAGGGACGUCCUCAUCGAAACCGCCAGGGGUAUCGGGCUGAGUGUACACGAGAAAGGCACCGUUGUCACGAUUGAGGGUCCUCGUUUUUCCAGCAAAGCUGAAAGCAAUCUUUUCCGCCAGUGGGGUGCCGAUCUUGUAAAUAUGACUCUGGUACCGGAAGUUGUGCUGGCGAAGGAAGCAGGCUUGUGCUAUGCCGCCAUCGCCAUGGCUACCGAUUAUGACUGCUGGAGGGAAACGGGUGAAGAUGUCAAUGUUGCAGAUGUACUGGCAACGUUCAAGAAAAACGUCACCAAGGUAACAGAUCUUAUAAUCAACACUAUACCCAAGAUAGCCGCUCUCGAUUGGACGGAAACGAUUGAGGAGUUGGGCAAGACUGUCAAUACCAGCAUUAUGCUUCCACAUUCCAACUAAAUGGUGGCUAACAGCAAAAACCAAAUAGGGCGGUGCUUCGAUUUUUUCCAACAUCUGCUAUGUGCUCCAGUCAUCGCAAUGGCACGGCGGAACUAAGUGUUUGAGCAAGCUCACAAGGUUGAAGCAAACGAAUCAUAUGCCUAGUCAAUUGAAUUCUCUUAUUCUAUCUGUCUCUGCCAUUUGUGGAUCUGUCUAUCGGUACUGUAGAACACAAUGCUAAUUUUCCGAAGCAAAAGUAUCUUGUUUCGAGCACAAACAAUUAUUACCGUUUUAAGCAACCAGCAAA